CUUUCCUUUGUUUCUCGGUCAUCGUUCCUCUCCUCCCAAGUUUUUAUUCUCUCUCUCUCUCUUUCCAUGGCUUCUUCCUCUAUCCUUAUUAUUCUUCCUCAACCCUGCAGUUACUCUUCCCCCUUCAAUCUAAUUUUCCCCUCCAAAAAGAAGAAGAAAAAAAAACAAAAAAAGAUUGUCCCUUUCUUUCAAUCCUGAUUUCUUCGGCCGUGAUUCUUCUUCUUCAAUUUCUGUGUUGAAUUCAGGGGGUGAUGGAGGCUAAUCAAUCAGUUACAUUCUACGAUUUUCUUGAUCGGAUGCGAAAUCCUGCUUCUCUUGAUCUUGUUCGAUCCAUCAAGAGUUUCAUUGUGUCAUUUUCUUUCUAUCCCGCAAACCCUGAGAAUGAUGGAAAGAAGGUACAAGAGUUCUUUUUGACAAUGGAAACUGCUAUAAGGGAUCAUCCAUUAUGGGCAGGUGCCACAGAUGAAGAAAUUGACAGUGCAAUGGAGGGUUUGGAGAAAUAUGUCAUGACAAAACUGUUCUCUAGGACGUUUGCUUCCUUGCCAGAGGAUGUCAAGUUUGACAGGGAAAUCUCAGAGAAGAUAUGUUUGCUGCAAGCCUUCUUGAGGCCUGAGCAUUUGGAUAUACCAGUAGCGCUUCAAAAUGAAACAUCGUGGCUGCUUGCAGAGAAAGAACUGCAGAAGAUUAAUGCUUUCAAAGCUCCUCGUGAGAAGCUCCUGUGUAUUAUUAAUUGUUGUAAGGUCAUUAACAAUUUGCUGCUCAAUGCAUCGAUGUCAGGGAAUCAUGUACCAGGAGGAGCUGAUGAUUUUCUUCCUGUUAUUAUAUAUGUUACGAUCAAGGCUAAUCCUCCACAGUUGCAUUCCAAUCUCAAAUUCAUCCAGUUGUACCGGAGGCAGGCAAAACUUAUCUCAGAAGCUGCUUAUUAUCUCACGAAUGUUGUUUCAGCCAAGUCCUUUAUUGUGGACUUAAACGCUAAAUCUCUUUCUAUUGAAGAAAUUGAGUUUGAGGAGAGUAUGCAAGCAGCACGAUUGGCAAACAAAGCAACUCUAGUGGAAAACCCGCCCACCACAUUUAAUACAGAGGUGUUUCGAACAGAUCCUGGUCCAUCAAAAUUCCUUGAUGAGAAAGAGACAAAGCUAAAGGGUGGGUCAAAAUAUCCUUAUAUGGAUGCUGAGGCUGGUGAACUGACAGUUGGAGAUGUAGAAAAAUUGCUGAGUUUGUACAAGGACGUUGUUACAAGGUACACUACCUUGUGCAGCAAGGUUAGACACCUUUCUAUUUCCAAGACGGAUUGCCCAGCUACUUCAGAAGGAACCAGUUCUUUGGCAACAGAGCUUGAAGAAACAUGCUUAGACGCUAAUGGCAAAAAAGAAUGAAAAGGUAAUUAAAUUUGUACAAGCUACACUUCCACUUUGCAAUACUUUCAAUAUAACUUUGAUCGAGCAUAAAUACAUUAGAUGUUC